AUGACGCGAUCUUCAACUUUACUCUUACUUGCUGCAUUGUUAUCUGCCAUUUUGUAUUUUUAUCACAAUCGAAUUCCAGUUUUAAGAAGUUUACCAUUAAUCAGUUCCAGUACCUCAUCUGAAAUUUAUUAUAAAUGGAGGGAAUGUAUGUCAGAAGAGAUGGAAUAUCUGAUGUCAUCUGAUGAUAAUACUUUCUGGAAUCAACUGGAAAAUCCAGUACAAAAGUGUGAGAUGUUGAAUGAUUUGAGGACGAUAGUUAUGGAACCAUUCAAUAAUUUGGAUGAAACCAAAUAUUCGAUUCUUCCAAUUUGUGGGAAUACAGUCAUGAGUGUGGUUACGCUGGGAGUUGGACAAGAUGUGAAUGCCGAGCAAGAAAUGAAAAAACGAAUUGGCAACUAUUCUGUCCAAUUCUACGGGGCUGACCCGAUUGUAGAAGGGAACGAUGAACUCUUUUCAAAAGUUGGAACAUUUUUCCCGUUUGCAGUUGGAAACUCAUCUAGGAUGGGAACGGCUUCUGUUCUAUUGGAUGGUAAUUUGAAUUUUUUUCUCAAAAAAUCCGGUUUUCUAGGAGUGUAUGUUGAGAAACGAGUAAUUCAUGUUGAAUUCGUGCAGUUUCUGAAAGGGAUUAUUGGAAAAACGUUCUAUGACAAUAUCUGGGUAGACGGAGAGUACGCAGAAUAUGAGUUGUUUGAGUACUUUUACAACGGAGGACAGCUGGAUCGAGAGGGGAUUACUGUUUGUCAGUUUAAUAUGGAGAGGCUCUUGACGAUGAUGCGUCGGGGCGGUGCUGCCACAUUCUUCGCCGUUCUAUCCGUAUCACUUCUCUUAUACAUCAGUUACAGUAGUCUGAAUACCAGUACAACAUCGUUCCGACUACGAGACUCAGCAGUUGAUAAAGUUGCAAAGAACUAUAGUGCAUGGCAUGAUUGUUUGAAGAAAAACAUAUCGAUUUAUGAUGGGAACCCGGACGGGCUCUGGGGAAAUCUGUGGAGAGGAAUCAAGCUGUGUGAAGUUAUUCCAGAAAUGAAGGGACUUUUUAUUGGAGAUUACCCAAAUUCUGAUGAGACAAAAAGGCACAUUGUACCAAAAAUGCAACUACCAAGUGUUAUUGUCACUCUUGGAAUCGGUCAUGACACUGGUGCUGAGGAGAAACUUAUCAAGGGUCUCCCACAUGGCUCCGAGUUCUUCGGUGCUGAUCCGAUGCAUGAGAUCAACGAAAACCUUUACACAAAACUUCCUGGCAAAUAUUUUCCAUUUGCAGUCGCAGAUGCCGCCGGACUCGCAGAAGCGAAUGUUCUUAUCAACACCUCGUAUACCACGAAAACUGUUGUUACUCUUGAUAUUAUCUAUUUCUUGAAGAAUUUGGUAAAAAGAACUUUCAUCGACAAUAUUUGGAUUGACGGAGAAGGUGCAGAGUAUGGAUUGUUUGAUCAUUUCUUCAAUGAUGGGAAGUUUGAUGAAAACGGAAUCACUUUCUGUCAAUUCAACAUUGAGAUUCACAAGCCAGACAAUCUCCAGAAGAAACUCUUCCACGACUUCAUUUUCCAGUUGCUGAAAGACAGAAGAUAUGCCAUUUACAGACCAGUCCAAGGACACCACAUGCGAUUGUUCAUGGUCAACUUCGCAAAUGAGGAAUGCGUUUAUAAGUACAUUCUAUAG